UGAGUUAGCUCAGGAACAGAGGAGCUGUUUAGACCAUGUUUUGCUUUGCAGUGAGGUCAGUAGGCACACAUUCGUCAAUGCAUGCUCAGCGUUUCCAUGUGAAACACAGAGCUAGAAAGGAGUAGAAGAAGCCUAAAGCAGAGAUUAAAAAAAAAAAGCAAAACCACACUUCCUGUUAAAGAGCAGCAGGUCUGCUUGUCUCUGCCUCCUUUUGUGCCAUUUAUAAUCAGCAGCCCUCGUCUGCAUUAUCAGUGGGUGGGCAGACAAUGGAGUCCCUCCACUGGAUUUACCUCUUAGGCUUCUUCUCUAUUCAAGCCGUCUGUUCCUGGUCAGAACAGAAUUUGGUCUUACAGAGUCCAAAAGCAAUUUCAUUGAUGAAGGUCAAUUCAACUGCCAAUAUAAGAUGUUACUCCACAAUGCACAACCUGGUUGGCCUCUACCUGAAAAGACGCUUCUACGGCAACACGGACAUAAUCUACGUGUCUCUGAGCAACAUGAAGAUAAACAUAAAUAAAAUGUACCAACACAGACACUCCGUGACAGAGAGGGAUCCUAAGGAAGACUGCAAAAGAAAUGUCACCAUGUAUCGCAUCCUAAUCUUACUGGGUUUCACUGGGCUCGUCAUCAUAGUUUGUGUCCUCAUUGGCGUAAUGUUGUGGUGCUGCACGCGGACUAAAAGAACAUACAGCCCAAAGAGGAGCCACAAUCAAUUCUGCAUUUGCCCUCGGCACAGUGCAUCACUUUUAUAGUGAUUCCAAAGUGACGGAAGAGGCCAUCUUCACGUCAGGCCAAAAAAAAAACUCGUCUUUCUUGAUGUGCAGCCCUACAUACUGGUGUACGUGUGUCUCUGCCUUUACCUGCAUAUACUGUAUGGCCGUGUGUCUUCUAGUGCACUUAUUAAAGAAAUAUAUUGUGUAUCUUAUUGUGUUUAAUGCAGAAUAUGUUAAUUUUAUAUCAGCAAGCAAUCGUGGGCAUUAACAAAACAGCUAAUGUGUGUCAAUUUCUAAAACCUUUAUUUGGCAAUACAAUUUUAAAUAUGCAUCAUAGAAAUGUCCAAAAGUAUCUAUUUUCAGUUAUGGAGAAUCUUUGUGAACCUUUAAAUUAUAAUGGAACUUUAUUUAAAAUUGUAUUGUCAAAUAUAAGUUCUGGAAGCAAUUCUUGUUUAAUCUUGCUGCGAUAUGUUACCAAAGAAUGCUCAUUUGUUUAUUUCUGAAUGUUGUAUUUUUAUGUUUACACAUCCAAGAAUUAAAAUAUCUUUCCUUUUCAAUUUAA